UUAUGUUUGUCAUUGAGUUAUUUACCUAAGAUGAGAUUUACCUACAUGGAUUUUUAUAGUGUUUUCCGUGUUUUCUAUUAAAUUUUGAAACAAAAUUACUUGUUACGCACGUUUCCAGUUGUACCUAGUAUUUGAGUCAGUAUUACUAUUUUGUUCUACAAGAUGAAUUUGGGCAAUGUUGCUAAUUCAUCACCCACAUCACCGCGGGUUAGUUCAAAGAGUGAAGAAUUCAAUAAAUCUGAAAAUAUUCCGUUAGAUAACGUAUCCGCUGAAAGUGAGACUUGCUCAAAAGAACAUUCGUUAGCCUUAGACGUAUCGUCGAAAUCUGUGGAAGUUAAUAACAAAAGCUUAGAUGACCGAGUUUUACAGUGCCGAAAAAUACUCGAAUCUAUAAAGACUGAAAUGCAGCAAAACAAAAAUGAUAAGAUUAUAGAGACCAAGUACUUUGCCCCUUCUAUUGAGGAUCCUUAUUCGUCAGACAUUGAUGUUGAUUUGGCUUUAACACCAAGCUUGGUUAGUGCAAGUGUGGAUAGCAUUCUGACAUGCGAUGAAAAUCUCAUGGCUUAUGAAAAACAGUUGGAGAAAUAUCAAAACACAUUGAAAAUGGCCCAGAUAGAGAAGAAAAAUGCUAUUAGGAAAAAGAUGCUCGCGAAAGCUUACAAGUCAAAACUACUGGAAAUCGAAAGCCAAAUAAAUGUUGAACUAUUGAGGGUGAAGCAAAGCCUUCAGAGCUUAGAGCCACUCCGAAUGGUAGCUUAUAACUGGAAGAUUCCUGAAAAUUCUGACUCAUGUUACGCUUUGAACAAUAAUUGUAACAUUGUGCCCAGGGUCCCAGAAUUAAAUUCUUUUUCAGAACGUGAAAUCAAUUCCUUCAGUACUGAAGGAACCGUCGCCAACAAUUUAUUAAACAUAGAAGUUAAUUGUUCUACAGCAGACAAAGCUGUUGAAGACCCUUGAGGCACAGAGCAUUAGAGGAAAGUGAUCUAAAUUUCUGUGUCUUAAAUUUAAAUAAAGCUAGUAAAUUUGGCCCUAGAAAACCAUUACGAACCAUAGAAAGAUUUUAAUAAAUCUUAAUUAAUUACAAGGUUUCUGAUUUUCCCACGUCUAAAACGUUUCUAAACAGCUCCUAGUUUGCGAAACAUUAUACUUUUUUCAAAAAAAGUGAGAGCUAAACACGUUUCCCAUCAAUCUAAAAGGCGGGAGACCUCCAAAGUGGACCACACACAUGGAGGCACGCGCUUCGAAUGCUGCGGAGCUGCCGAUUUGCCGCCGACUUUUUAUUAUCGCCGCCUUUACUGACGCUCGGCCUUUCUCGGGCGCUCUCGGCACCUGUCCGGCCGGCCGUGACGUCACACGCGUCCCUACCUCCCAACUCCAAGUCACCGCUCCGCCUGUUAAGUGGACUUGAUUUAUAAUUAGAUUCCAAUUUGUCAAUUAGACUUGAGCCUUACACGCCACGAACUGGUUCUGCAUUUCCAAUGUUUUGGAUAAGAAUGCUUAAAUGUGUGAAAAUUAUAGGCUUGCGAUCUUAACGAGCAAGCCGAUGAAGGUCAGGCGGAUUUCUGGAAUUCAAAAGCCCCUUUCCUGUCUUGUAAAUGAUAAA